AUGCUUGAUUCCGCGUUGAACGAAACCAGCCGGCAGUCCAUGUGCCAAAGCUUAUUAGCGACACGCCCUUCAAACUUGGCAACUACUCUUGUAGAAGUGGACGAUGAAUCCAAAACUUUCGAAACCCGAGCCUCGGGCGAGUUUUCUGUCGGGCCGUUCGGUGUCUUCAAAGUCAACCAGAUUAAGCCGGUAGAGACACCUCCCUCAAGCCGCUCAGGUCCAAUAUCAGAGCAGCAAAGAACACUAGAUACCGCGGGACCGGUUGCAGAGCCAUUGCCAUUUAUCAGUCGUUUCCCCUCCCCAGAGGAUGGACUAUCAGGACCGGUGGAUUUCCUCCAAUGGGCAGAUCUAUUCACAUGGGACGAAGACAUAACGGGGAUCAACACUGCCCAGCCUUCCAGCUUUGCUCCAUGUGCGCUGGAUACCGUUGUAGCAGAGACCUGGACCUGGCCGAUCGGGCAGGAGAUUGACACGGGAUGCGAUGUGAUAAAUGAUCCAGACUCUAAUGUUCAGCCAGGCUCUCAAGAUCCAUUGUGGCCAGAGAUCGACUUGGUGGUGGAUGCACCGAUGCUCUUCCGUCACUUCAACGACCAUGUCAUCGACCAGAUGGGAUCGCUCCCGAUUCACGAGAAGUCCGCUUGGAGAAUCUUGAAUCUGUCUUCAGCCCUGAUGACCCUAAACGAGAUGACGAUACUUCUCACCAACAGGGAGAAUAUAAAGCAUGCCCCCUUGGCCAACUUCUACGCAGUCGUUGCCGUCUCCGCGUUCCACCUCUCCCUGAACUUCGCGUCCUUCCCCGAUCCUCCCCGAACUGUCGCCCACUGGAAGAGAUUGACGAACCAGGCUUACGCUGCUGCAAAGUUACAUAUCAACUUGACCUUGGAGAAAGAGUCCUUGGCCCCUGGGAAGGCAAAAUACAAGGACCAGCUAAUGAGCAUAAAUGCUACCCUCGCAACUGCGGUAUUAUCAGGAAAUGAGCGUGAUUCACGGCGGUAUCUGACAGAAAUGGAGAGGGUCAUUCGACUUCGAGGGUUGACUGGCAAAGGCAUCUCACGUCGAGCGCGGCUGCUGCACCAGGUCUAUGCCUGGAUGAGAAUCGUCUCCGAAAGCACAAACGUGUUGCACGAGGACUCUACACUCGAUGAAGACACAUCGGAUGGCAACCAAAAUAGCGACCCUGGCCGGGCGUUUACAAGGGCACCAACUCACCAUUAUCACCACCCCGUCCAGGCGAUGCCGACUCGCCACCACGACGUGACUCUCGACAACUUCCUGCGCCUGGAGCCGCGGGCUCCAUCGGGGCUGGGCCUCAACCCUCUUGUCCAGAGGGAGGACCCGGACUCGAGCGUCGGCGACAUACACAUGCCGGACGCCCGCCAGGACCGCGACAGCGUGUGCAUGCAGAUAUACGGCGUGCCCGAGACCUGGCUCAGCCUCGUCUCGCAAACCACUCGCUUGGCCAACGUGAUGGAACGGCUGACGGCGAGCAAGAACCCUCUCGACGCAGAGCAUCUGGCUUCCUUGCAGCCGCGGGCCUCCCGGCUCGAGAACACGAUAUGUACCUUCGUGUCGAACAACCAAACCACUAACACGACGGAGCCGGGCAUGUCGGACACGAACAGACCCCACAUGCACAUGCUGAAAGCCCUCAACUCAGCGCUGAUGAUUUAUUUCUAUCGAAGGGUCCGGAACAUCAACCCCUGGGCAAUGCGGCACGACAUCAGCGAUGUGAUUGAGUCCCUCGAGGAAUUCGACUCGUCCCUGGGGCAGAACGGCCUCCUCGGCCCCGGGACGGCAUGGGCGGCUUUCGUCGCCGGCGCAGAGGCCAUGACGGCCAAGCAGCGAGGGCAGAUUGUUGCGUGGCUGGACGCCGCCUCGGCCAAGUCGGGAUUC